UGCACCACAUGAUUAUAGAUACGGCUGGCUCUGCAUUUGCUGUCACUGUUCUCUUCGUUACCAGAGACCUCGCAUCACGAUGUCAUUCGCGACCUCACAGAAAGAUCCCAAAGAAGAAAAUGGAACGGAGAUUGUGUACGACCGCGUCGAGAUUGAUAAAUUACCGAAAUUCUCAGACCUGAACAAAGAAGUGACUGCUUUUGUGAACCAGUGCAGUUGGUGGGAUAAGUAUGGGGUGGACUGGUGCAUCACUGCAAUGGGAUUUAUUAUGGUAUAUGUGGCGCUGAUCUGUAUGCAGUCCUCAAAUGUGAUGACAUUUUGUCUCGGGGUGUUCAUGUAUGGGUUUUGCUUUCAAAUGUUUUCUGUGCGCUGUGCUCAUGCAAGUGUGCACAAUGCAGUGUGCGAGUCUCGCUUUAUGAAUCGCUUAUGGGCUUAUUUCUUCGGAGACCUGUGUGGAUCGUUUUCCGCUGAUGUUGGUUAUGAUAUGCAUAUACGUAUACACCACCCACAUACCAACAUUAUCGGCCUCGGGGACUCUAGCAGCUGGAAGGUGUCUUUUCUUCCUGCCCUUUUCUACAUGUACUUUGCCCCCCUCCUGCUCCCGCUACUGUCUGUUCCUAUCUCAGUCAAAGAACUCUGGGGUCAGUGGAUGAAAAUGGCUAGAUAUGUCAUCCUUAUGCUGACUGGAUUAGUCAUCAACUUCACGCUGCUUAUGAAAAUUUCAGGAUUUUCAUUUACCGGGGCUUUGUUAUGUAUACUCAUAUCGCGAUCUCUACUGAUGAUACCAUACAUCCAUGUCAAUAUAUUCCAACAUAUAGGGCUUCCCAUGUACUCGCGUGACCACCGACCAAAGAAAAUCUACCUGAUGUCUACAGGGGUAUUGAACCUUCCUCGGAAUCCAGUACUGGACUUUACUUUUGGACAUUGCAUCAUCAGCGCUCAUGUGGAACAUCACCUAUUUCCACAUAUGUCAGAUAACAUGUGCUUGAUGAUCAAACCCAUCGUGUCUCGAUUUCUGAGAAGAAAUGGACUCCCGUACAAUGAGGACACUUAUUUCAGCCGAAUGUGGCAUUUCACAGUGAAGUACAAAGAGUUGAUGGUCAAUGCUCCUCCAAUAACUCACUUUGUCGGGAUUCAGUAAAACAAAAGAUUGCUUACUGUUAUGACUGUGCUUAUCUGGAGACACCAUGGUAAGGGAAAAACAACCUUAUAGUUUGAUACAUGAUGUUUAAUUCACUGGUAUAAAAUCAUUUCAACAUGUUCAAAUAGCCAACAGCUUGUUAAUUUUUAACAUUUGCAGGCUAAACAUGCUAAAGUAAAUAUCAAUCAAUCAUAUCAAUAGUAAAUAUGAGUCAGUAUUAAAGAUCUGUCAAUGAAUAAAUCAAUCUCAGUGGUAAAAAUUACUCAAAAGUCAACUUCUGAAACAAAGAAUAUGUGAACAGGUGUUUCAAGUAUGAUUUUUACCAUGGUGCUCUCAGAAUUUGUUUACAUUACAGUACUAUAUUCACCUUUUUUAUUCAGAUUGUUAUUUAUAAAUUUGUUAACUUUUUCAAUUUCAUCUUUGUUUGAAUUUAUUCACUAUCAAUAUGAUAAGUUUAACUGUGAUAUAUGCUGAUUUCAAUGCAAUUUUUGUGCCAUGUCGUAACUACAUUGUAAAUUAGUAUUGUAACAAUUGUGAUGUCAUAGUGGAGCUGAUUCUACAAUAUAUUGGACGCUGCAGUCAUAUGUCUAGACAUUGUACAUGCACUUGACAUUUCUUUAUUUAUUGAAAACUAUGUUUUACUUUCUAACGAGUGAUUGAUAAUUAAAUUUCUAUAAUUAAGGUUCAUUAUCCCUAUCUUUACACAGAGAAUUUUUUCUUUAAAGCUUAUGGUCUUUCAGAAAGAGGUCUAAUUGAUAUUAUCAUAAUUAUAUGAUACACGCAAUUUCUACAUAACUUGCAGGGCAAAAUUCAACAGACUGAAAUAACCUUUUAAUUGAACUGUUUUAUCCAAAAACAAAAAAAAAACCAAAAAAAACAGUUAUCCCAGUUUGAGUUAUAUCUCUUUUCAGAGGUUCAAUGAACCUUAAUGCUGAUUACUUAUGCAAUAUGUUAACAUGUUACAGUAGCUCUGUGUGUGUUAAAUCUUUUGUUUUGUUUUUUUUUAAUUUAAAUUGUUGUUAAGAUUUACAGCUUAUACAAUGUAUUCUGUGAUUUGAUGUUUAAGUAUUCUAAAUAUGUAAUAAUAUGAUCUGUAUUGUAUGCAAUUCGUCUACAAUCAUUUUAUGUUUUUCACUGCUUUUGGAUUUUAAAUAAUAAAUUGUGUUGAAGCAA